AACUAGUCAAAGCCGUGAUCACUGUUUAUGUUCUUCACUGCAGCUGGAAAGUUAACGUAAAACCACAAAAAAGAGGAACAGCUCACCGCUCAUCUACAAACAAAAAAGUCUUUUGGUUCUUCUGACAUUAAGAAAAUGAACUUAUUCUUUCUCCUUCUUCACCUGACCUCCACUGUUCAGGGAGGGAUUACCGAUGAAACACCACCUGCUCAUGAGAUGGAAGAAGAAGACAACAUCACCUUCAGUUGGGACAGCAUGACCCAAACGGACAUGUCUCUCACUAACAUGAUCUGCUUCCUUCUCUUGCGUCGUCCUAAAGUUCUCUAUGAGAUCAUUAAUGGAGCUGAGGUGACAGAGUUUCAAGACGAGCGGUUUGCAGGACGGGUUCAUUGUGACAGAGAAGCUCUGAGAGAAGGACAUCUCAGGCUCCAUCUGUCCAGACUCAGGACUGAAGACUCUGGGACGUACCGCUGUGAUCUGGCUACUGGUUAUAACCAGAAGUUAGAGAGAUGGGAGUUAAAGGCUUCAGUAAACUUUGUCCUGAACGUGACCAAAACGUCUAAUGGAGACAUUUCUGCAUCUGUGGAAACACCAAAGCCUGGACACAUGAAAAAUGGGGUUAAGCUACCUGCUCUAAUGGCAGCCAUUGCUGUCAUUGUAGUUCUUUGUUUGGCCAUUUGGGCUGUCCCCAGACUACAUGGAGGAAGAUGCAAAGUGAAAAACAUGGAUGGCAUGCGCCCCUCCUCAAUGCCGAUGCCCUGCAUUGAUCUGGACUAA